UGGAAUUUCUCACUAUCUUUUUAGCGAAUUCUACCCUCUUCUUCUUCCCAUUCUCCGCUUCCUCUACUGUAUAGAGAGAGAUGGCUUGGAGGUGCCUUCUCACGCAGGUUGCAAGACAACAGCGAUGGGACAUGCCACAUUUGAGUGGACUGAUUGUUAGACCUCAUCCCACCUUGAGCAAGUUCCAAGGCAGGAAUGGAAACAGGCUCAUAAGUCUUCAAGAAAGGUCCCAAUCUAGUUAUGUUGGCAGUUUAGCUCGCAGAGUGCGUGACACAGAGGGUACAAUUGAUGUGGCCCUUUUGAAAGAGCUUAACCGUCGUCAUGAUGCAGAAGAAGUGAUAACAUUAUUUGAAAGUCAGCCUUCCCUACAUUCGAAUCCGUCAGCUCUUGCUGAAUAUGUUAAAGCUUUAGUCAGAGUUGAUAGGCUGGAUGAAAGCUCAUUGCUUAAGACACUGAGGAGAGGAAUGGCCAACUCACGUAAGGAGGAAGAAAAUUUCAGCGGUCUUUCAGCCUUGAGGAAUGUAGGACGAUCUACAAAAGAUGGUGUCCUUGGAACUGCCAGUGCUCCUAUUCAUAUGGUAACGGUAGAGGGUGGACAUUUCAAAGAGCAGCUAUGGCGUACAUUUCGCACCAUCGCACUAGCAUUUCUCCUAAUAUCAGGCGUUGGCGCACUCAUUGAGGACAGGGGAAUCAGCAAAGGACUUGGUCUAAAUGAAGAGGUGCAACCUAGCAUGGAAUCUAACACAAAAUUCAAUGACGUAAAGGGCGUUGAUGAGGCGAAAGCUGAGCUUGAGGAAAUUGUUCAUUACCUUAGAGAUCCUAAGCGGUUUACCCGUCUGGGAGGAAAGCUCCCCAAAGGUGUUUUGCUUGUUGGGCCACCAGGCACGGGUAAAACUAUGCUGGCCAGAGCCAUUGCGGGAGAAGCAGGAGUGCCUUUCUUUUCAUGCAGUGGCAGUGAGUUUGAGGAGAUGUUUGUUGGUGUGGGAGCCAGGAGGGUGAGGGAUCUUUUCUCGGCGGCAAAGAAACGCUCCCCCUGUAUAAUUUUCAUCGACGAGAUAGACGCAAUUGGCGGGAGCCGCAACCCGAAGGACCAGCAGUACAUGAAGAUGACUUUAAACCAGUUACUUGUUGAGCUAGAUGGUUUCAAACAAAAUGAAGGGAUUAUUGUGAUUGCAGCAACCAACUUCCCAGAAUCAUUGGACAAAGCAUUGGUGCGGCCCGGGCGCUUUGAUCGUCACAUUGUCGUUCCCAAUCCAGAUGUUGAAGGACGAAGGCAGAUUAUGGAAUCUCACAUGUCAAAGGUUUUGAAGGCUGACGAUGUGGAUCUGAUGGUCAUCGCGAGGGGAACUCCAGGGUUCUCUGGAGCGGAUCUUGCAAACUUGGUUAACAUUGCUGCUCUCAAGGCGGCAAUGGAUGGUGCCAAAGCAGUGAGCAUGACUGACUUGGAGUAUGCGAAGGACAAGAUUAUGAUGGGAAGUGAGCGGAAAUCGGCUGUGAUCUCUGAAGAAUCGCGAAGGUUGACAGCUUUCCAUGAGGGUGGUCACGCCCUAGUAGCCAUCCACACUGAUGGAGCUCUUCCAGUGCACAAGGCAACAAUCGUCCCACGUGGCAUGUCCCUCGGCAUGGUUUCUCAGUUGCCCGACAAGGAUGAGACAAGCAUAUCACGCAGGCAAAUGCUAGCCCGGCUGGAUGUCUGCAUGGGUGGGCGGGUUGCAGAGGAGCUGAUUUUUGGAGAGAACGAGGUCACCUCCGGUGCGUCGUCUGAUCUCCAGCAGGCAACGUCUAUGGCAAGAGCUAUGGUUACAAAGUACGGAAUGAGUGAGGAGGUUGGGCUCGUUUCUCACAACUACAAUGACAACGGGAAGAGCAUGAGCACCGAAACAAGGCUGAUCAUUGAGAAGGAGGUGAGACGGUUCUUGGAAAGGGCCUACAACAACGCAAAGGCCAUUCUGACAACCCACAGCAAAGAGCUCCAUGCGCUUGCUAACGCGCUGCUGGAGCAGGAGACACUUACGGGGAGUCAGAUCAAGAGUCUGCUGGCCCAGGUGAACUCACAACAGCAGCAGCAGACGGCCACGUCGCAGACCAGUUCACCGGCCGUGCCUGUGCCGCCAUCCACGCCGUCUGCUGCUGCUGCAUCUGCAGCCGCAGCAGCCGCUGCAGCUGCAGCUACAGCUGCGGCAAAGGCGAAAGGGGUCGCACAGCCAGUGGGAUCAUAAUGCAAGUGGAGCCGUGAGUGGGUCCUUUCGGAAUGGCUAGACAAGGCUUUUGAAGACUGCAGCAGCUCCCAUAGAGGUUUUGUUCAUGGAAGCAUUUUUCUCUAGUUUGAAAGUGUAGCAUCCCAGGUUGUAAUUAACGGCAGGGAUUUAACCCAUUUUAUUUGAAAGGGUGAGUGUUGAAGACUUGGAAGGGAA